CAUUUCCAGCAAGCACCAAAUGCACAGGGUGAAUUAACAUCUCACUUAUGAAAUUACUUUCAGAUAAUGUUACAUGUAAUGGAGAUGCUGUUGCUGUUAACCAUAUACACCGCCACCAUGGUGACAGUAAAAGCCACAGGAUAUGACCUGCGUUCGAAUGAUCUGACAAUACUAACAAACGGGAUGUUUGAAAACAGCACAAAUGUGACUCGUCUUCAAUUACAGUCCAAUGAAAUAUCUACGAUAAGUUUGGGAACAUUUUCUGGUAUGGAAUCACUUCAGAUAUUGUAUCUAGGCCGAAAUAAACUUACAAAAUUGACAAAGGGAAUUUUUAGUAAUUUGGACGCUCUAUCCUAUCUUUCCCUCAGUUUUAAUAACAUAUCAGAGGUGAAAGUUGGUUGGUUUUCAGGUUUGCACUCAUUAAACACACUAAAAUUAGAUCAAAAUAAAAUUGCAAUAUUGCCGGAGGGGAUAUUCACUGAUUUGACAUCACUGACGCAUCUUUACCUCCAAGACAAUGUUAUAUCAGAGGUGCAAGUUGGUGCAUUUUCAGAUUUGCACUCACUAAAUACUCUACGAUUAGACCACAAUAAAAUUGCAAUAUUGCCGGAGGGGAUAUUCACUGACUUGGCGUCACUGACGCAUCUUUACCUCAAAUACAAUGAUAUUGUGAAAAUUGGUGCAUUUUUAGGUUUGCACUCAUUAAACACAUUACAGUUAGACCAUAAUAAAAUUUCUUCGCUGCCCAUUGGGAUAUUCUGUAACUUGACCGUUCUAUCCAAUCUUUAUCUUAAUUACAACAACAUAUCAGAGAUUAAAGAUGGCGCAUUUUCAAGUUUACAUUCAAUAAAAAGGUUAACUUUGUACCACAAUAGACUAACAACGUUGUCCAAGUGGAUGUUCAGUAACAUGACUGCUCUCACGACAAUUGGUCUUGGUUAUAAUGAAAUAUCAGAGAUGCCUAAAGGUAUCUUUUCUGGUUUAGAAUCGUUGCUGAAUUUAGAAUUACAAUAUAAUAAACUUUCUGUAUUGCCAAAGGGAAUUCUCAGUAAUCUUACGUCACUGACUUCCCUUAAGCUUCACAACAAUUUCAUAAAGGACAUAAGACCAGGGGCAUUUUCUGGUAUGCUAUCAUUAAAAGAAUUACGAUUAGAUUUUAAUAAUCUCACAAAACUUACACACAGCAUAUUCAACGAUCUGCCCACCCUCACAAAAUUGUAUCUUGAAAACAAUGAAAUCUCAAUGAUCCUCCCUGAUGUGUUUUUAGGUUUGGAAUCAUUAGUUACUCUUUAUUUACACAACAAUGAUCUGAAGAAACUAACAAAUGAAUCAUUUAUUCACCUAACAUCUCUCAAAUACCUUCGUCUUCAUAACAAUAAAAUUACAGAUAUCGAGAAACUUGGACUUUCUGGUUUGGCAUCAUUGGAAAGGUUGGAUUUAAAUGACAAUAAAAUCACUAAAUUGUUGAAUGGUAUUUUUAAUGGUCUGACCUCAAUAAAGAAUUUAAAACUAAAUGACAAUAACAUCUUUGAGAUUCCUCCAGGUAUAUUUACUAGUUUGCAGUCAUUAGUGACCCUCUACCUUAGCAAUAAUAGUUUUGAAAACUUGACCAAUGAAACGUUCACUCAGUUAGUCUCCCUAGAAUAUCUCUACCUUCAAGAUAAUAAAAUAGCAGAGAUUGAAAUUGGUGUUUUUUUCGGUCUACGAUCACUACGAAGGUUAAAUCUAAAUAACAAUAAACUGACACAAUUGAGGAUAGACACCUUCUAUAACCUCACAUCAUUGAGAUAUCUUUACAUUGACAACAAUCAAAUAUCGGAUAUACAUUUUGGUUUAUCCCAUAGUCAUAUCAAUCACAAGAACACAGUUAUUUUAUCAAUCGUGAACAACAAGCUUCAGGGGAUACCUAAAGACAUGUGUGAGUACAUACCACGAUUGAAAAGACUACAAUUAAGUGGAAAUAACAUAACUGAAAUCUCAUCAGAAUUCCUUAAUAAUGUCACUGCAAUAGGAGUAAUCUGUAAAACAAUCAUAUCUGACACAUAUCUGACAACAAAAACACCUGAACUCCCCGUCAUCGAGACAACACAGCCCUCAAAAUCAUCACAUCCAACUGCUAGAACUGUACAUCAAUUGAACGGAACAAUGAUUGUGUGGACGAGUUUGGGUUCAGGUUUUCUUGUGUUGGUUAUUAUUAUGAUCAUUGUAGUUAUUGUCUAUAAACGCGUCAACAUGCAGUCCUGUAACUCUAUUGGCAUGGCGAAUAGGGUCACAAACAUUGUGGGUCAUGAAAAUAACUUGCAAAACAACACUGUCCUUUAAUGAAUGAAUAAGGGGCAACUAAAUUUACAAUGGUUUGAUUAUAAUUUAGAACUUCAAUUUCAAACACAAAAACUUAAUUACAUCAUUACACGUCAUGAAGAGGUGUGUGUUGUAAAACCUUUCAAGAGCCAUUUUGGUGAUUAAGGGAUCAAAAUAGGGUUUAUACACAUUUUGGUUGAUUAAAACACAUGAGUCAAUCCUGAUACGUAACAAGGCUCCGCCUUGUGUGAUAUUUUGCCUUGAGAUGAUAUUUAUAGGAUAUCCUAUGAUUUUGAGGAAUAUCAUUUUUAUCUACGAGGUGACAUUGAUAUCUGCACGAGAGAGCGAAGCGAACGAGUGCAUAUAUCAAUAUCACCGAGUAGAUUAAAAUGAUAUUCUGAAAAAAAUCAUAGGAUGUUCU